AUGUUGAUAAUCCUGUCCCUCUUUAUCCUAAGCGCUCUUGGGUACCCUGAGCUGCAAUCCAACGAAACUGCGGCUGUGCGGGCGAUUGCUAUGAGAACGCAAAGGGAUGUGAUGAGAAAUAACAGUAUUAUAGACACUGCUGUUUACGGCAUCGAUCUUAACAGUGUUGUCUUCGAUCAAUUUGGAUAUAACUCUUCAUCGCUUCCUGUUGUUCGGGAUAUAUUAUACACUGGGGUACAGGCUCUAGUUCUGAAUCUUUAUUACAACGAAGAUCUCAAGGAUUGGGGAUUAUGCGAUCUGAGCUCCAAUAAAACAAGUUUGGGUUGCCAAGACCCAAACACUUUCAAUAUUUCGACCGUGGUGACAUCCAUAAAUAGUGCUUUGGCGAAGACGGAUACUGGAGUCAACAAGAACAUACUUUUCUUACUGUUGAACCUCUUUUCUACUUUCAAUAAGGGGUCUAAAUUUCGCACGGGAAUUAGCGUACUGUCGUCCCCACUAGCAGGGCUCCUAUAUGCCAGCAUACCAGAUCGUUUGGAAGACCUAGACACUAUUAACCUCAAUAAUUUCCUCUUUGGAAACAGUUACAGAGUCAUACCAGUAAUAUUGUCCAAUAAUCUCUAUACCAACACCUCUUACAAUCUGGUCCCGGAUCUUGAUAUACUUUACGAAGCAAACACGAGUAUUCCCAUAACAUAUAGGGCGAAUGACAAUUUAACGUGUUCCGCACCAAAAUCGUUCCAAUUCGCGUUCGACACCUCAGCGAACCCCUAUGAUAACACCUCAUUCCACGAUACCCUUGUCUGUGGUUAUUCACCAAUUAUCAGUCAGAGUAACCAAAACUUGUCUCAAAUCUCAGAUUUGCUACCGUACAGCUUGUGGUCUUGGGACGCAUUUCAACCAAAUCUCACAAUAUCAACGUCGUCAAAGACAAAAAACGAUUCCUCGGAAGCGAAGAACGAUGAUUAUUUGAAUAGAUGUGGCAUAGCUACUCUCACAGGAUGGAAGGCCGCGUCUUGCCACUCGAAAUUCCAGGUGGCAUGCGCAGACAGCUUGGAUUCUACAAAAAUCGAGCUGACAUCCGACGAAUACACGUAUUUUGAAGCUGGUGCAGCAUGCUUACAACUUGAUGGAAACUAUAUUUUUACCGUGCCUUCUUCACCAUUGGAACAGCGCACCCUAAUCAACCGUUUAUCGGGCAAGAAAUCAGCUUGGAUUGACAUGAACUCGCUCUCGAGCUCGAAUUGCUGGGUCAAUGGGGGACCAAAUGCUGUUUGCCCAUACCAACCUCUUGUCUCCAAGACCAUCUUCAAAGAGAUGAUAAGUCUUGCAUCUGUAAUUGCUCUUGUUCUUUUAUUGCUUCUUCUUCUUGUUCAUAUGGACAGACUACCAGUGCAUCGCAAUAGAAGCCAUUGGCGACGACUGCUCAAACAGAAAUUACAGAACGAAUUUGAAGGGGUCCCUUCAUGA